CAACCUCUGAGGAUGCCUGCCAUAGAUGUGGGCGAAACGUCAGGAGAGAAUGCUUCUGGAACAUGGCCACACAGCCCGAAAGACAUACAACAACCCUGUGAUUCUGGCCAUGAAAGCCUUCGACAACACAUUGAACAUCUCUACGGGGAGAAAUUGUUCCAAGACACACGGAGAUUGGAAAAACUAAGGACCAGGAAAGCACAUCUACUGUGCUCCCUGACCUUCCUUCUACGCUGCAGAGACACAGAUACCAUCCCACAAUUUCUUGCAGCCAAAAGGACCUUCAAAACACCACAGGCUCAUCGCAUUUACAACCGCCUGGAACGCAACCUCUUGAGAGAGAGAAUCCACACCAUCCGUAAAGAACUCGCAAACACAGACAAAGAACUGCUGCACCUCCACAUCAACAUCAGCCAAAAGAUGAAUACCCAGGACUGGGAUAAAAUAGACAGCCUUACCUACAAGAAAAUGGAGAAAGACAUGGUUCUCCACACCAAGAGACAAAAACAAAAAUUUGACAAAUGCCGUAAGCAACAGCCAAAGCCAGAACUGGAUAAAUCACGGACCAUCAUCAACCUGACAGACAGACAACUCACUGAAGACCAAGUAUCCAUUCUAGAAAAAGGAGGAAAUUUUGCAGUCACCACCACCAGGAUCCCAGUAGAAAACAUCAUCGCCAAUGUUGAAUCAGCAAUUUACCAGCUCCCUGAGGAAGAAGCAGAGGAGGUAAGAAUGGAAACAGCAAGGAUCCUGAGAAAUGCAAAACUCCCCCCCAGCAACAUAACGAGAAAAGAAAGACAGGCCAUCAAAGAUCUCAACUCAGAUCCUGAAAUCAUCAUUCUUCCAGCUGACAAGGGGAAUGCCACAGUAAUCAUGGAAACAAAACAAUACAAAGAAAAAAUCAGACAACUUCUAGAUCCCACAAUUUACAAGAAACUGAAACAAGACCCCACUAACAAAAUCACCAGAAAAACGAACACUCUAAUCAAGAACUCCUCCAUUAACUUUGACAUACGCCAACAGCUGUGCAAAUCAGAAGCCCUCCCACCCAGGCUUUACGGACUCCCCAAAAUCCACAAGGACUCCAUCCCACUCAGACCCAUUGUAAGUGCCAUUGGAUCGCCGACUUACAACCUGGCAAAAUUUCUGGCUACACAGCUACAAACCCACAUUGGGCUCACUGCACAUUAUAUCAAGGACUCUACACACUUUAUAGAAAAGAUCAGCAACCUCAAUCUAAGCACCAAGGACAUCCUGAUCAGCUUUGAUGUGGUGUCCCUUUUUACCAAAGUCCCAGUAGCUGACACCCUCACACUAAUCAAACAAAACUUCCCAGAAGACAUCACAGCCCUGUUUCACCAUUGCCUCACCACUAGCUACUUUCAGUGGGACACUGGAUUCUAUGAACAGAAGGAUGGAGUGGCCAUGGGGAGCCCUCUCAGCCCAGUAGUAGCAAAUUUCUAUAUGGAAUACUUUGAAAAACAGGCCCUAGAAACAGCACCAAAAAAGCCAACUGUUUGGUUCAGAUACGUAGAUGACACCUUCACAAUUUGGAGCCAUGGAGAGGAAGAACUCAGCAAGUUCCUGGACCAUCUUAACAGCAUCCACCCAAACAUCCAAUUCACCAUGGAAAAAGAAAAGGAAGGAAAACUGCCAUUUCUAGAUGUUCUGGUCAUCCGCAAACCCAAUCAACAAUUGGGCCACACAGUUUACAGAAAACCUACACAUACAGAUAGAUACCUUCAUAAAAACUCCAACCAUCACCCAAGUCAAAAAAGGAGCACAAUCAAAGCCCUGACAGACCGUGCACAAAGAAUCUGCGAACCUCACCUCCUCCAAGGUGAACUCAACCACCUAAACUGGGCUCUACAGGCCAAUGGAUACUCCACCACAGACAUCAGAAGAGCUGCAAGGCCAAGAACAAGCCAUGAGAGUCAAGACAAAGAUCCACCCAGAGGAAAGGUGUUCUUACCAUACAUCAAGGGAACUACUGACCGCAUAGGGAAGCUGAUGAAGAAGCACAACCUACAAACUAUCUACAGACCCACGAAGAAAAUCCAACAAAUGCUACGGUCAGCGAAGGACAAGAGGGAUCCUCUCUCUUCUGCAGGAGUCUACCGGAUACCAUGCAGCUGUGGACAAGUCUACAUAGGGACCACCAAACGCAGCGCCCAAACAAGAGUCAAAGAACAUGAAAGGCACUGCAGACUAAUUCAACCAGAGAAAUCAGCCAUAGCAGAGCAUUUGAUGAACCAGCCUGGACACAGAAUACUAUUUGAGAACACAAAAAUGCUGGACCAUUCUAACAACUAUCAUGUCAGACUACACAGAGAAGCCAUUGAAAUCCACAAGCAUGUGGACAACUUCAACAGAAAGGAAGAAACCAUGAAAAUGAACAAAAUCUGGCUACCAGUAUUACAAAACUCCAAAAUCAAAACAGUAGAUGGGAACCAACACAAUGAGGACUUGACUGAACAAAGGAUGCCCCCAGGCAAGGGACAAAACAUUUCCAGUGCCAAUUAGGGUGAUUAACUGAAACAUUAAUGCUGGCUCCCAGUGACAAAGAACUCUUGCCACACCUUGGACUCUACACAGAUAUAUAUUCUUUCCUUUCCUGACUUAGUUUAUCCAUACCUCACAACCUCUGAGGAUGCCUGCCAUAGAUGUGGGCGAAACGUCAGGAGAGAAUGCUUCUGGAACAUGGCCACACAGCCCGAAAGACAUACAACAACCCUGUGAUUCUGGCCAUGAAAGCCUUCGAC